AUGCUCCGGGAGCAAGACUCAACAGCGGAGGACACUUCGACCAUCGUUUUCGAGGAUGUUCACGACGAGCUUCAGCAGGCUGAAGUCAGAUGCGGUGACUGCGGUUGGAUUACAGUGAAAGUAGACUCACCGGACACUCUGACCACUCCCACACCUGAACCCGAUUUCGAGACAAAGUUGAGAAGAUCGGAGAUGAGGGAGGACGCAGGUGUCUGGCAUUAA